CAGCACCGGCAGAAAGUUUGACGGGGAGAUGAUAGGGCAGAGUGUCCUGUGUGAAACAGAAAAAUUAAGGGGAUGCGAUUAAACGUGUGUGUUUGAGUAAGAGAGAGAGAGAGAGAGAGAGAGAACAAGAGAGCAAACGAGUUGAGAGGAAGUGCAAGACACUGAAAAGACAGAGAGCGCUCGUAGUGUCAAGCAGUUUGUCUGUGACUCCUUUUGUCAGAGCACAGCCGGGUCUCCAGCUCUGCAGCACCACUCCCCUGUCAAAGCAGAGAUAUCUUCUCCCCAAGCGCCAGGACAUCCUGCUGCUGCCUCUCUGACUGACUGGACUGCUGUGGGACAACGUUCCCUUAACCGUGGAUGUGAUCCUCAGCAAUCAGAGUUGAUUGCCCAUUCGUAGGGUGAAGCUCAUGGACCUGACUGUGACCCACAGGGUGUUGCAUCCAGGCCCAGAUUCGGCCAUGCUGGCUCAACAGCCUUCUUUCUACCUGGAACAACUCACCGCUCAGCAUUGCGCUCAGUUCUCCCAGCACCACUUGCAGUAUACCACUGAACAAAGGCACAGAAGGAUGGAGGGGGAGAAAAGAGAAGACCCACAGCCGCUGCUACAAAAGAAUAAAAACGAACAGAGUGCUGUAGCUAGCAAACAUGUAAAGCAGAUCCUGCGGGAACAUAUAAUCAUGAAGAACCAGCCUCCUCAGGACAGGGUUCCUGGCAGCGGCUGCAGUACCCCACCAGGAUACAGGCCACAGGUCCGCGACAUGUCCCUCAAGCCUCAACCUACACCCUGUGACCAGCGUAAGGACCUUGCCCUAAGAAGAACAGUAUCUGAGCCCACACUGAAGUGGAAGUUGAAGAAACUCAUCUCCACAAGGCCUAACCCACUGCAACGAAAGAUCAGCGCCCCUCCUGCUGUCAAACAUAGGACAGAAACCAUGGACUCUUCCCCAAGCAGCAGCAGCACCUCAGCAUCAGGCUGCAGCUCGCCAAACGACAGCCUCAUGUCAGACAACGGGUCCCUCCAACGAGCUCCUGAGUCAAAGAGUGUGCUGAUGAAGAAUGGUAAUUUAGCACACUUUGGUCUGCCUACCAACCACACUGCAAUGCACAACAUCACUGCCGGACUUCCUGCGCAGACUGACUUGCGUGUAACGAAGUCGAUAACAGCAUCGGGUUUGCAAUCUGUCUUCCUACCUCUGGAGGGAGGCGGCCCGUCUCUGUCUCAGCGCUUACAGCCGGUGAUCAUAAUUGAUCCGAACGUGAGGUUUAUGCGUCACCAGCUUGUUCCCCUUCAUAGUUUGAGUGCCAUUCAUCAGCAACAGCAUCCUCACCUAUCCUCCCCGUCCAGAAGAGAAGGAUUAGUUGCCUUGGGCUCCCACCGACCUGUGGAGCGAGCACAUUCAGAGCCACUACCUUACAGCCACUCAGUCCUACCCCUGCAUGCGGGCCAUCACCCACACACCCACCAGCAGCUUUCCCAGUUGUACCACAAGGCUGGAUUGGAAAGGUUUAAGCUGAGUGCACAACUAAGCAAGAUCCCUUCUGAGGACAUGGACCUGGAGGAGACCGGAUCAGCAUCAGGUUCCGGGACAGGGUCUCUGUGCGGCUCUGAACUGGGCUCACUGUGCGAAGACGGCCACCGCAGGAGAGAAAGCACUGCCAGCACAGACUCGGUUUAUGACACAGAGUCCAUUACGUCUUCUCGGGAGAGCUUGAUCGAGACAUCUCAAUCUCUCAGUCAGAGGCAGGUAAUCCUCAGAUCAACUUUCCAGGCAGAUGCACUGGGAGUUCCUACCUUAGUUUGGCCUCAUCAGUCUCACCAGCCUGUGAUUCGGAGCCGUUCUCUACCACCCUCCACCUCCCUGACUCCGACUUUACAUGCAACCGCCGCAAUACCUUCACUGUCACUGUCCAGCCCUGCCACAGAUGCUAAGCUACGUUUUACUACAGGUUUGGUUUAUGAUGCCCAGAUGCAGAAGCACCAGUGUAUUUGUGGAGACAACAGCCGCCACGCCGAGCAUGCUGGGAGGAUCCAGAGCAUCUGGUCAAGACUACAAGAGAGAGGGCUUAAGAGCCAAUGUGAAAUAAUCAACAGCAGAAAAGCCACCCGAGCAGAGCUGCUAUCCGUCCAUUCAGAAAACCACGUGUUAAUAUCGGGCAGCAAGAUGGACAAUCAAAGGCUUACUGGACCACAGAGUUUUGUGGACUUACCAUGUGGAGGUGUAGGGGUGGACAUUGAUACAGUCUGGAAUGAGCAGCACACAGCAGUUGCUUCCCAAAUGGCUGCAGGGUGCAUCAUAGACCUGGCCCUUAAGGUGGCACAGAGAGAGCUGAAGAAUGGUUUUGCAGUGGUGAGGCCCCCGGGACACCAUGCAACCCGUUCCUCUCCUCUGGGCUUCUGUUACUUCAACUCCGUGGCCAUCGCAGCCAAGCAGCUCCAACACAAACUUAACGUCAGCAAGAUCCUCAUCGUGGACUGGGAUGUGCACCAUGGCAACGGCACCCAAGAGGCCUUCUAUAAUGACCCGAGUGUCCUGUACAUCUCUCUGCAUCGCUAUGAUGAUGGGAACUUCUUUCCUGGUAGUGGACAUCCAAGCGAGGUGGGUUUUGGUGCAGGUCAGGGCUUCAAUGUCAACGUGGGAUGGACUGGUGGUCUGAACCCUCCAAUGGGGGAUGCUGAGUACCUGGCUGCAUUCAGGGCUGUGGUGAUGCCCAUUGCCCACGAGUUUUCCCCUGACGUGGUCCUGGUCUCCGCCGGCUUCGAUGCCGUCGAAGGGCACCCGCCGUCCCUGGGAGGAUACACGGUCACAGCCAAGCUUUUCGGCUUCUUGACUCGUCAGCUGAUGUCACUGGCCGGGGGCAGGGUCGUCCUCGCUCUGGAGGGGGGCCACGACCUCAAAGCCAUCUGCGACGCCUCUGAAGCCUGCGUCAGCGCCUUGCUCGGCAUGGAGGUGGAGCCGCUGUCCCAGUCGCUCCUGGACCAAAAGCCCUGUGAGAACGCAGUGCACUCUCUGAAGAGAGUCGUCCAGAUUCAGGGUGAGUUCUGGCAGAGUGUGAGGGAUUCAGCCGCCACCGUGGAUCUGUCCUACCUGCAGGCACAGAGACACAGAUUCAGGCGAGACUCAGACAGCGAGGCAGUCACCGCCAUCGCCUCUCUGUCCAUGGGCUCCCUCACGUCAGAAAGGAAACCACUUGAAAGAAUGUGAAGGGGGGAGAAAAAAAAAAGGAUGCCUUGGACCUAGACUCAGUGGAAACAUGCACACACACGGACACAUAAAGCUAUGCAUCUGGAUCAUCACUGGAACAUGCAAACCUGCACUACUGCCGGCUGCAGCGUGACCGCUCCGAUUCAGAAACAUGAGAAACAGAGUUCAUUCAUGUCCUCAGAAGAUCUCUGCAGCCUCUUCCCAAAAGGGACAUUGAUCACAGAACUAAAAAAAAUAAAAAAAAGUUAAAAACUUGUCCAAACUAUGAAUAAUGAAGACCUGGUGCUAAAUGAUGUAGCGUGAGCGGAGAUGACAAAUUACCGGUCGCGGCGAAAACCUGCACAGACCACUGAGACUCUAGUUAUUUUAAAAGACGGUGCGUCGGCAGAGCGGGACGGCGGCAGGUGAACGGUGAUCCGUUUUUCUGCACGUGACAAAGAUCGAAUGAAGAAGAAGGAAAAAAGAAAAAAAAAAAAAAAAAAAGGUCAGUUUAUUCUGACCGUCUUGCACUGUGAUGGUUCCGCAACUAGACAAGAAGCAUGUGAAGCGUGACGACAAUCAAACAGUUUUGUUUGUUCUUAUUUUUACUUCAUUUGAAUAUCCAUUUAUUUGACAUGUGGCCCACAUUUCUGUGGAUGUCAGCAUGAGAUUUUUUUUUUUUUUUCAAGAGACCCAGAGUGAAGCUACAGCGGAGUCUGAGAUACAUAUGUUUCAUAUUGCUUUCUGUGUCCACAUAUUUUCUUAAAUCUCUUUUUCUUUUUUUUUUCUUUCUUUCUUUCUUUCUUGGCCUGUCAGCAGAGCACAUGCAGCAGGAGUUUAAAUAGCUGCAGUUAUUGUUAUCACCCCCUGACAGAUAAAAGAGGACACAUCACUCUUUUAUAAAAUACAUCUUAAAGAUGCAGAAAUACGGUCGUAUUGGUGGCAUUAGUCACAGCCUAGAGCUAAUACCUUAAGCGAGCUGGAGUGUCGAUGUUAUGGAGGACAGUUAUGGAUUUGAACGAAGCUCCAGUGAAUUGUGACCACUUGGUAUAGAUCGUAUAUAGUUUAAACCAGGGAUUUACAUCCUCUGUCUAAAAAGACACACGAUCACUUAUUCCUCACUGUCUGACAUUAAAUCAGGCUAAACGUUUCAUUGUUCAGGUCAGUUGGGCUUACUGAAAUUAGUUACAUUUGCUCAAUGCCUGAAUUUGAUGGAAUUUUGCAUUGCUUUAGUUAAACUUCAUACGUUUACAUACGCCAGUAUCGGGAUGCUUUUACUCUAUUUGGCAAAGCCAAAAUGAUGAUGUCUUAGUUUCUGACUGGUUAAGUCGCAACAUCUGAGCUAAAUGGAGGCAAACCUGUGGAUGUUCUCAAACACGCUGCUUCCUUGUGUGGCAUCACGGCAGACAGGUUAUGUGACCCGUUCUGUGUCCCUGAGAUGAUCGGGUCUCAGUGUGAGAAGUGUGUGUCAACCCGAGGAUAAAGGCAGACCAGCUGGUAAAAAAAAAAAGAGUUUCUUUAUGCACAGUGGAACAAGUCUUGGACUGACAUGCUGUGAAAGGCCAUUCAGUGAGGAAGAAGCCUUUACUCCAAGGGCAACGGAUUACAAUUUGCAAACAUCUAAAUUAUUGAAAACAUAUCCUGUGGUGGGGAUGAAGCUAAAGUUAAAGUUUUUGGCCAUAAUGAUCGUCAUUCCAUGUAGGGGAAAAAAAGAGGGAAGCUUGAAACCCCGAGAACGCCAUCACCUGUGAAGUACUGGGCAGGCGGCAUCAUGUUGCAGGGAUGUUUUGCUGCUGGGGGGGACAGUGCACCUUACAGAAAUGAUGGCAUCAUGAGAAAAAAUAUUAUGGGGACAUCUCAGUGACAGCAAAGUCAGUCUUUUAGAGUGAGUGUCACAAAGCACUGAUUCCCAAGCGAGGCGGUUUGCAAACCUGACUCGGUUACAGACGUUCUGUCUGGAGGAAUAGGCCAAAAUCCCAGUAAACUUGUAAGAAGCUUGUGGACGGAGACCCAAAAUAUCGGCUCAUGUGUUUAAAGUUGAUCUUACCAAGUACUAAAGAAAUGCUUGUAAAAUUCUGGAUUUGAACGAAAAGGAACAAAAUAAAAAUGAUCUAUCUCAAUAUUAUUGCAUUUGGCAAAAAAGAAUAAUUUUAGUAAUCCUAACUGACCAAACUGCUGAAUUUAGUCAGAAAUAGUGCCCAGUUAGAAAAAUGCAAUUAAAAAAAAGAGUUACAUCCUGGUAUUCUCAAUGAGGCUUACAGCCUUUUAAGACAAUUCCACCCAGACAAAGUGCACUUACUGUACAUCUCCCUCAGAGAUCUCAGCCUUGACGUUGUAAAUGUUGUAAAGUGGACCAGUGUUUCUUUUCCUGUGGAUGAGCAUUCCUGCUGUGUUUUUUGUUUUGUUUUUUCUGUUAUUUUGUAUAGUAAUAAGGACAAUAUGACGCGUGUUUCAUCUGUAAUUUACGCGGUCUGUUUAUUGUCAGUAUCAGCGUCGACCAAACGAAGGCCUUUUGUCUGCGAGGACGGAGCAUUAAAACCCGAGGUGGUUGAUCAUAUAUAGUCGACGAUAUGCACACGGCGCGAUUGGACACAGGUUGACCGCAGCCAAAGUUUAUGAGAAAAACGUGCUGUCCAUGGCCUGGCAUGUCCAAAAGACGAACUUCAAAGCCUUCGCGAAAGUUUCUUUUCUCUUUCCAAACAGUCAAAAAGCAUCAAACGCUCAGAUGCAUAAACAGAUCCAUUUGACAUUAAGGCGUAUUUAUGCUUUCAGAUUUGGCGUCUUUGAAGUGCUCUCUGCGUGUCUAAUGCAGUUAAGACGGUGCUAAAAACGGUGUGUUUGUUACUUUUUCUGUUUGGCUCUUUCCUGUGUGUGACAUUGAACAUGCAGCUCAGCACCUUUCCAGUACUUGUUGAUGUAAUGAAAACGUGUAAACCACAUGAUGGGGACAGAGCGGCCCGCGCCCGCCAUCUUUCUGCUGCUCCACAUAGUUUUCAGUGGAAGUGACGUGACAUGUCUUAUGUCUUAUCCUUUUGUCUUAACGAACGUAAAGUUUAUAUUUUGUAUUUGAGCUCAGAAAUAAAGCCUCAAGACCAAAUUAUCAACUGAAUCAGGACGCUGACCAGCCUGUGUGAAGGUGGCCUUAAUCAUGUGGAGCUUAAAGAAAACUGUGGGCCAAGUCCAGUUUUGUGAUAACUGACUGUAUCAUUUUAUUUUUGUACAGUGUAUAUAGUGACUCGUGUUAUUCUCUUUUUUUUCUGCUUUUUGACUUUUCUAUUUGGUUUUCUAUCUUUUAAUAAACAUAACUUAUAUACAUU